UAUUAGGGCGUUAUCCUUAUCGGAGAAAGAAGCCAUGGGAAGAAGAAAAGUCGAGAUCGAGCGAAUCGAGAACAAAAGCAGUCGACAAGUCACUUUCUCCAAGCCCAAUAAUGGAGAAAAGUAAGUAAGUAAGAUAGUGAUAUGAUGGUCAUGCUCUUUUCUUAUCGUAUGCUCUUUAUUUAUUUUUUGUUACAUGUUACUCCAUUAUUAAAUUAUGUGCCUCUUCGUCGCUUCAAAAACGCAACCGUUUCCACUUAUUAUUUUCUCUCUCUCGUUUAACAAAACAAAAACAAAGUGACUUGGAUUUGUCAUUUGUCUAGUUCAAAAAAAAAAAAAAAAGAGAGAGAGAGAGAGAAACGAAGCAAAAAAGAAGAAUAAAAAGUAGCAAAGACAUUGUGGGUCUCCUCCUCCGGUGAUUAGGAUCAAAUUAGGGCAUUAUCCUUAUCGGAGAAAGAAGCCAUGGGAAGAAGAAAAGUCGAGAUCAAGCGAAUCGAGAACAAAAGCAGUCAAAAAAGACCGAAAAAAAGAAGUAGAAGAAGAAGAAGAGAGAAACGAAGAAAAAGAAAAGAAUAAAAAGAAGCAAAAACAUUGUGGGUCUCCGGUGAUUAGAAUCAAAUUAGGGCAUAAGCCUUAUCGGAGAAAGAAGCCAUGGGAAGAAGAAAGGUCGAGAUCGAGCGAAUCGAGAACAAAAGCAGUCGACAAGUUACUUUCUCCAAACGACGCAAAGGUCUCAUCGAGAAAGCUCGACAACUUUCAAUUCUCUGUGAAUCUUCCAUCGCUGUUCUCGCCGUCUCUGGCUCUGGAAAACUCUACAACGCUGCCUCCGGUGACAACAUGUCAAAGAUCAUUGAUCGUUAUGAAAUACAUCAGGCUGAUGAACUUAAAGCCUUAGAUCUUGCAGAAAAAAUUCGGAAUUAUCUUCCACACAAGGAGAUACUAGAAAUAGUUCAAAGCAAGCUUGAAGAACCAAAUGUCGAUACUGUAAGUGUAGAUUCUCUAAUUUCUAUGGAGGAACAGCUCGAGACUACUCUGUCCGUAAUUAGAGCUAAGAAGACAGAACUAAUGAUGGAGGAAGUGAAGUCCCUUCAAGAAACGGAGAUGUUGCUGAGAGAAGAGAACCAGAUUCUGGCUAGCCAUAGCCAGUUGGGGAAGAAUACGUUUCUGGUAACAGAAGGUGAGAGAGGAAUGGCACGGGAAAAUGGCUCCGGCAACAAAGUACCGGAGACUCUUGCGCUGCUCAAGUAAUCACCAUCAUCAACGGCUGAGUUUUCACCUUAAACUC